AUGAGAUUUGGAUGUGCCAACACGGACGAUCCUGAUACAUCAGAGCUUAUUGGACCAUCAGAGAAUGUAUGUGAAUACGGCAAGUGGCGAGAGGUCCAAGAUUUUUGCUGGCUCAAGAGCACGCCUUCCCCUAAUUGGUGCUUGCACAGUUUGCAGCAAGGCAAGCUAGCGUUGCUUGAGUGGCAAAAGCGCAUGAACAAGGAGGGCACAUGA